GAGAGCAGGGUCGUUCUAAAGAGGCAAGCGAGCGAGCCUUAAUUUCAAACUAUAAAUAAAUAGCGCGACUCGGGACUAGGGUUGUUUUGUUUUCUUGUGUUUCUUCUUCAAAGAAAAGAAACCUCUAGAACCUGUGCAGGGAAGAAGAAAAUAUCAGAGACGAAGAAAGAAGAAGAUGAUGAGACCGAGGUGUUUCCUGGACAUAAGUAUUGGAGAAGAACUCGAGGGAAGAAUCGUUGUGGAGCUCUACAACGAUGUCGUUCCGAAAACUGUUGAAAACUUCAGGGCUCUGUGUACUGGUGAGAGGGGCAUUGGCCCUAACACCUCUGUGCCGCUCCAUUUCAAGGGAGUAUGUUUUCAUCGUGUCAUUAAAGGUUUUAUGAUACAAGGAGGAGAUAUUUCUGCUGGAGAUGGCACUGGUGGAGAAUCAAUCUAUGGAUUGAAGUUUGAAGAUGAAAAUUUUGAAUUGAAACAUGAGCGAAAAGGAAUGUUAUCUAUGGCUAAUGCUGGCCCAAACACAAAUGGGUCUCAGUUCUUCAUCACAACAACUCGCACUUCUCACUUAGAUGGGAAACAUGUCGUGUUUGGGAAGGUAAUUAAAGGAAUGGGAGUUGUUCGAUCAAUUGAGCAUGUUACAACUGGUGAAAAUGAUUGCCCCACUGUUGAUGUUAUAAUAACUGAUUGUGGAGAGAUCCCUGAAGGGGCUGAUGAUGGGAUAUCUAAUUUUUUCAAAGAUGGUGACAUUUAUCCUGAUUGGCCUGCUGACCUUGAUAAGAGUCCCAAUGAGCUUGUUUGGUGGAUGGAUGCUGUUGAUUCUAUCAAGGCUUUUGGAAAUGAACAAUACAAGGUAAUGAGUGCCAUUAUGGAUCUAUCUCGCAUCGAUUUAUUUGAAACAAGACUAUAAGAUGGCUCUCAGAAAGUACCGGAAGGCUUUACGUUAUUUGGAUAUCUGCUGGGAGAAAGAAGGAAUUGAUGAAGAGAAGAGUUCAUCUCUAAGAAAGACAAAGUCACAGAUUUUCACAAACAGCUCUGCUUGUAAACUGAAAAUGGGAGAUCUUAAAGGGGCAUUAUUGGAUACAGAGUUUGCAAUGCGUGAUGGAGAUAAUAAUGUCAAAGCAUUGUUUCGUCAAGGUCAGGCGCACAUGGCCCUUAAUGAUGUUGAUGCGGCGGUUGAAAGCUUUGAGAAGGCACUAAAAUUGGAGCCAAACGAUGGUGGAAUAAAGAAGGAACUUGCUGCUGCCAAGAAGAAGAUUCAUGAUAGACGUGAACAGGAGAAAAAGCAAUAUCGCAAGAUGUUUCAAUAGCACAUUGGCAAUUAACUGGUAUUUCAAUUACCAGCUGAAAGUUGUUGUCUGCCCUUACUGUCGGCCUUACGGGGUUUUCUGAUGCAGGCUGCUAAUAUCUUAAUUUUCAAAAACUUUUCAUAUUUAGAGCAGUCAUCUGGUUCAACCUUGUUUCUUUUUCCUAUUACAAGCUCCAGCAAAUUUGGUGGGAGUAUUUUAGGUUCUGUUUUACUGCAAAUUCAACUGUACAAAUUUGAGGCUUGAACCAGUUCUUACCAGGGUUACCAUACAAAAUUUGGAGUGUAGCUUUUAGUGAUAUAGAACCGUCAAAAGAUGUUGAACUUGUACUAAAUUACAUUUCCAUUUUUUCCAUUUGAAGUCAGCUAUAAAACGGAUAAUUUUCAUUCGGAUUUA